GUAUAGAAUGGAUCUAAGGUUGGAACUAGAUGAUGAGGAAGUUGAAUAUUGCAUGGAGCAAGGAAUCUUGGAUCAUCUUUCAGAUUCACUUUCACAGGCUCUGAAAUCUGUAGCAAGUAGCAGGCCUAGUGAUCCUUUUCUUACUUUGGUGGAUUUACUAAAAAAUGUUGGCUGUCAGAAUAAAAUACUUGUUCAAGGAUAUCCAGUAAACUGUGUGGAUGGAGUUGAGCUGGGGGUUGGACCAAUAGUUGGUGAGGUGACAGAAAACUCCGCAAUUAUAAUGAUAGAAGUUAAAAAUUCCAAAAGUGCUUCCAAUCUGGUCACUUGCGAUGUUUACAGGAAGGGUGAGAGGACAGUUUAUUGUAAUGUAGAAAAAUCUUGUCCAUUUACCACCCCAACAGCUUUCCUUAUUCAAGAUCUAGAGGCGAACACUGAGUACACUGUAGUGUUUAAUGGACUAGAUGACUGCUGUGCCAAGAAUGCGUAUGCUCUGUUCAAAACAAAACAACCGUACAAAAACAUGAAAACAUUCAAGAUUAUUGCCUUGAGUUGUGAUAGACCAGAUCGAAUGCUGCUUGGACAGAAGAACCCAUGGUAUGAGCUGGCUAAGAAGAGUUAUACUGCUGAUGUGAUGUUACAUCUAGGUGACCAAGUAUAUAACAAGGGGGAGGAUAAUGAUAAAACUCUUCAGAUAUUUGACAGUACCUAUGAUGGUUUGGGAGAUAGAGAGAAGGGGAAAAUGAAGAAACGAGCAAGAGCUCUUCUCAGAAAGAAGUACAGGGAUACGUGGAAUAAGAAAAUGACCAAAGAUACGCUACAGAGAGGAAGCCACUUGAUGAUUUGGUCUGAUAACGAUGUGGCAAAUGACUUCACAACUUUGAAAACUCAAGAUGGACUUCAGGCGUAUCCCCCGGCAUUCCUUCAGUGUGGUAUUGAGGUCUACAGACAAUAUCAAAGAAUCCUGUGGGAUCCUGAAGCUAUUGGAACUCUACCCUCAGACCCGGAGGAAUAUUUCAGUGAGUUCCACUCUCACGUCUAUGGUCCGAUCGGAAUAUUCCUGAUGGAUAUGCGAGGGAAUAGGAUAACAGCGGACGGUGUGCAACAAAGUGAAAAUGAACUGGUGUCAGCUGCACAAUGGGAAGCAGUUGAAGAAUUCUUUAGAAAUCCGCAACUCAAGGUUAUAAUCAUAGGCUCUGAAAUUCCUUUUGUUGGAGAUGACCCAAUCUCAAUAAAAGAGAAGGCUGAGAAGGUGGAUUUCCUGAAAGAUCACUGGCCAUAUAACGACGAAGAUCUGGUGCGCCUUUUGGACCUUGCGUUUACCUGGAAAUCUCAGGAAGAAGACGAUAGAGAAGUCGUCUUCCUUGGCGGAGAUAUUCACUGUGGUGUUACAUCAGUGAUCCGUGACGAAGAAACUGAUUUAACGAUAACUCAUCUCACGACCUCCCCUAUCACAAACCAUGUCUGCAAGUUCUUUCCAGAUCUUUCCGGAAGGAUAAAUGAUCGAUAUUCCUAUGACCACAUGCCUUUAGGAGAAAAUCAACGAAACUAUGCGGAGAUCAAUAUUACCCUGCAGCCAAGCUUAUCUGUUACAUCACAGCUGAGACCUGUGUCUACCAACAUGUACAAGGUUAUGGAGUGGAUGUCAGAUGAAGAAGAAUAAUUAAGAAAACAGAGGAAACCAUAGAAUUCAUUAAUUUUUACAGAGGGGUUAAACUGUCACACCAAGCUUUUUCUUGAUUAAAGUUACGAAACAUUCUUUUAAUACUUUACAUUGUGAUUUUUGAUUAUGGAUUGAUUUGAAUUUCCUUAAAUUAUUGUUUUAUGAUUUGUAAUUUUGUAUAUUUUAUAUGUGUUAAAUUUUCAUGUAAACAGUAAAAAACAAGUUUAAACAAAUAAAUUAAGUUAUGUGAAUAUGCGUAAAAUAGCCAAA